AUGUCUAAUUCAACUAUCCGACAAUUACAAAAAGAAUUUCCUCCUAUAAAAAAUAAUUUAAUAUUACGAGCAUGUCGUGGUGAACCCGUCGAACAUGUUCCAAUAUGGAUUAUGCGACAAGCAGGUCGUUAUUUACCUGAAUAUUUAUCACUUCGAAGUCAACAUUCAUUUUUUGAUGUUUGUCGAACACCAGCAUUAGUUUGUGAAGUGACACUUCAACCAUUACGACGUUUUGAUCUUGAUGCUGCAAUUAUUUUUAGUGAUAUUCUUGUUGUACCACAAGCACUUGGUAUGCAAGUUGAUAUGAUUGCUAAAGAAGGACCACGUUUUGCACAUCCACUUAAUGUACCAGCUGAUAUAAAGAUAAGAGUUGAUCGAACGAAACAAGCAAGUGUAGAAUUAAAAUAUGUUUAUGAUGCAAUAACUUUAACAAGACAUGCACUCAAUGGUCAAUGUCCAUUAAUUGGAUUUAGUGGUGCACCAUGGACGUUAAUGUCUUAUAUGGUUGAAGGAAAAGGUAGUGAAACACAUUCCAAAGCAAAAAAAUGGUUAUAUACAUAUAUAGAAGAAUCUCAUGAUCUUCUUCAAUUUUUAACACAUUUUGUAAUUGAUCAUUUAAUUGAACAAGUUUGUGCUGGAGCUCAACUUCUUCAAUUAUUUGAAUCUCAUUGUGGUUGUUUAAAUCAUGAUUUAUUUGUUCGUUUUUCACUUCCAUAUUUACGUCAGAUUGCAAAAGGUGUACGAGAUGGAUUAACUCGUCGUCAAAUUCCAUAUGUUCCAAUAAUUAUAUUUGCUAAAGAUGCUCAUUAUGCAUUAGAUGAAUUAUGUUCAUCAUCAUUUGAUGUUGUUGGGCUUGAUUGGUCAGUAACACGAAAACAAAUACGAACAUUAAGAGAAAAAUAUCCAACGGUUACAUUACAAGGCAAUCUUGAUCCUUGUGCACUUUAUGCAUCUCAAGAUGAUUUAGAAAAAAUGAUAAAACAAAUGCUUGAAAUAUUUGGUACAAAAAGUUAUAUUGCAAAUUUAGGUCAUGGAAUUUAUCCAGAUGCUAAUGUUGAUAAUGUUAAACAUUUUAUUGAUACUGUUCAUCGAAUAUCAAAAGAUAUGAUUAAAUCUGAAACAACGCCGAAGAUUAUUAAUUCACAUAAAUAA